UCUCUCUCCUCAAUCCAACACAAUCAACCCUUCUCUCUCUCUCUCUCUCUCUCUCUGUACUUUCUCUCUCUAAAAAUACAGUCAGUAAUGGCAGGGCAAAAAACUGAUACCACUGAUUUUGAAGAUUUGUUGCCGAUUAUGGCGGGAAAAUUGGGAGGAGAGGGACUGAUAAGAGAGCUGUGUAAUGGGUUUCGGCUCUUGAUGGAUAGGGAUAGAGGGGUCAUCACUUUCGACAGCUUGAAGAAGAACUCGGCUCUUCUCGGCUUGCAAGACUUGAGGGACGAUGAGCUGAUGAGCAUGGUCACAGAAGGUGACGUGGACGGUGAUGGGUCUCUCAAUCAGAUGGAGUUUUGUGUUUUGAUGUUCAGAUUGAGUCCUGAGUUGAUGGAGGAGUCCGAGGCUUGGCUCGAGCGAGCUCUCAAUCAGGAGAUGAAGACUGGUUGGGUUUGAUCGGAAUUGAUAUUGACAAGGUUAACAUUUUGACUUUUUUUUGACAAAGAGGAGGGAGGGGGACGACGUCGUUUUUUGUUCAUGGUUGUGUAAAUUGUUCCUCUGCUUUUUAUUCUCCAACAAUAAGGAAAAUCAGAUGUUGUUUUUGAUUGGUUUUCUUUUUCUUCAUUAGGAAAAUUACAUACAUAUGCUGUGGAGAUUGAAAGAAGAUAACUGGGUAUUUGAUUUUUGUGGCUAUACAGAUGCAUAAUUCAUUACAUGAUAACACUUUUGCUGUUGAUUUGCUA